AUGGGGUGUGCUGCUAGUCUUAUAUGUGUAGAGGUUCAUGAAGAUGAAGAUGGAAGUGAUAAACAUCAUACCAACCCUAGCUAUCCCAAGAAGAUUCUCAUACGAGCUUGCCCUUCUUCGAGGAGAUGUUGUCGAACUUGUUACUCUUCCCCUGUUGGUUCGUACUACAGUGUCGGAAGUACUAUCUGUGGCGGCGAUGUUCAAAAGCCUCAUACCUGCACAAAGCCACCUCUCUAUGGUGGAUCGAUGUACCAUACUCAACAACAAGAUCAACAGCAGCAGCAGCAACCAGGCCGAUAUGGCAGACGGUUGCAUUAUACAACAACCCCUCUGACGCCUAUCCACGAACUGCGGGAGAUGACCUCAUCUGAGAUGAGCGACUAUUGCCCGACUGUAGUGUCGUCAUCGGAAGCCACUGAGGAGCCGUAUAGGCCAGUGAUAGUGGAUAGUGUGGAUAGGAGAUGGAAGAGCCGUCGGAGGUCUGAUCCGUCGCCUCGAAGGUCCUCGAGAAGGCCGAGGGUCGAUAGUGGUAAGGAUAGAGAUGGUAGCAAUAAUUGUAUGAGAAUAUCUGCUUUUUAA